AUGGGCUCGGGCGCGGCCGACGCGCCGGAACUGGACGGUAACUUCCUCGCGUUCCUCGCGUGGUGUCGAUCGCGCGCGAUCGACGUGGACGAGGACGCGUUGGAGUUCACAUUCGCGACAACGUCGAGCGGCGAGCGAGCGAACACGGUUGACGAGAAUCGAGGCGUGCGCGCGCGGGUCGGGCUGUCGACGUCGAGGACGAUCGCGCGAAUCCCGUUCGAUGCGUGCCUGACACCGGAGACGUGUGGGAUGCCGGACGUGGCGCGAGACGUCGGUGAGGCGCUGACACGGAUGAAGACGGAUGCGAGUUGGUUGUGCGCGCUCGCGUGCGCGUUGUGCGUCGAGCGACAUCUGGGAGAUGCGUCGACGUUUGCGCCGUACGACAAAGUUUUACCGCGAUGCGAGAAGAACGUGGUGUCGAUGUGGGACGACGCCGAGCGAGAGCUCUUGGCUGGAACAGAGAUUGAACAGUCCAUGCGUGACGAGCUUUCGGCGGCGAAGAGAGAGUGGGAUUGCGUGGUCAGCAAGGUCUUCGAAAAGCACGGCGUUAAGUGCUCCUUCGAUGACUUUCAUGCCGCUCGAACGGUCGUAAGUAGUCGAGCGUUCACGAUGACGCCGUCGAGGAACGGGCUGGUUCCUAUAGCGGAUGCGUUCAACCAUCGAACUGGCAAACACGACGUCAAUGUCGGCGACGGUGAGUCAUACACUGGGACGAAGGGCGACUCGUUGUGCGUCAAAAUCACGAAAACGGAAGGAGUGAGAGAAGGAGAUGAGAUAUUUAACACGUACGGAUUUCUUGGUAACGCCAAACUGUUGAACUCGUACGGAUUUACGCAAGUGGACAAUCCAGGUGAUGAGGUGCGGCUCAACACAACAAACAUUCGAGUGGCGGCGGCAAUGACGGGUAUAUCAGGUGGCCAAUUAGCCAAACGCUUUGAAUGGAUAGGAAAAGCAGGAGUGUGCGCGCCAGACGCAUCAUUUGCGUUCGUGCGGAAUGGUGGAAUCCCCAACGAUAUUAUAACCGUCGUGUGGGCAUGUGUGGUCGAUGAGGACAUGUUUCAGAAAAUUCGCCACACCAACAGACGUGCCGACGCGUUGGAGGCGAUGACGACUGUAGCAAAGUCAAUGAGUCCACAAGACGCGGGCACGUCUUCCAUGAUGACAUCGCAAGUCGUGGACGUCAUUGAUCACACUGUCAAACGCCGACUGGCGUUGUAUCGCGAUUGUUCACAGAUGCCACUGUUGGACUCCACCUCGAGCAAGCGCGUCGGCUUAGCGAUCGCAUUAGUCGAGGCGGAACGCACAAUUUUAGAAGAAGUCUUAACCGAACUGGAAACGUUUCGUACCGAAACGGGAAACAAACGCGUGAAGGCUUCGAAUGACGCGUUUGACUUGUUUGAUUGA